AAGACGACUUCGGUAUUCGUAGGGAGUAUCGCCCCAGGUAUCACUGACGAAACGUUGAAAGAGCUGCUCAAUGCAUGCGGACCUUUACACGAGCUAAAAAGGGUUGUCGGAGCCACUGGAAAACCUCAAGCAUUUGGCUUUGCGUCGUUUGAAAGUCCUGAAGUGGUCAUGAGAUGCUUGAGGUGUUUAAACGGCGUAGAGCUACCUGACAUGAGUCCCGAAGGUCGUCAGCAAGGGAAGCCCCCUAAAGCCCUAUUAGUGAAAGUGGAUGAAAAAACCCGCGAAUUCUUGGACGAAUUUGAAGCAACUCUAGGAAGGUCUGAUGACGAUGAAGCUGAAGACGCUAUCAGUCGAAAGGCCAUCUCUCAUAUCGUCGCGCUCCUUACUGACCCCAAUGCCGUUCGUCCCGAAGGUCUCCCCGAGCCAGCCGGCAAUAAGUCACCUCUCAAUGUGGUGGUGCCUGCUCAUUUGCAAGAUUUGAAGGAAGGCGAUCUUCCCGAGGAACAACGUGUAGCUGUGCUCGAUCAGAUCGCCAUUUUUCGAGAGAAUGCGGCAAGGAGGGAACGAGAGAAGAAACGAUUGGAAGAAGAGAAGGAACGCUUCAAAGCUGUACAGCCACGUGAAGGACCGACUGGACCAAGAGGUCCUGCCGCUCAACAACAACCAGGUCCCAGCGCUUACGGCUAUGAUCCGCAGGGAUAUCAAGACCCGGUAGCUUUCGUCAAGCCGCAGUCGGCGCAGGGGAAGGAUGUGAGUGAUAGAACGGAUGAAGAGGAAGAGGAGAUUAGACGAAAGAGGCGUAAGCAAGAAGCAGAUGCUCUCAUGAGAGAUCGGGAACGACAAGUAGAGUCUCGCGAAAGAUUACGAGUUGAAAGGUAUAACCGCGAAAUGGGUCAAAGGCGUCAAUACACGGAUACAGUUGAGCGGAUGAGGAGGAGACUGCAAGGUAUAUAUGAUAAUUGGGACGAUGAUGAACGCGGUGCUCGAGAUGAUGUGUUCUACGUUGAUCGUCAACGAUGGAGACUACAAAGACAAUCUGCGCGGUUACGGGAGUAUCAAGAAGACGUCCGUGAUAGGAAUGUCGAAGCGGAUGAAAUGGCAGCUUUGGAAAAGGAAUCUGAAGAGUUUCUCAAGAAACAAAUGGAAGAGUUUGCCUCGAUGGAACAAGACAAACGCAAUGCUGGUCUUCUCUCUGAAGAUGCUGCUCCUAUCCGUCUGGCUCUCAACCGUGUUCCCAUGCCCGAACCCAAAGAAGAAAAGCCCAAAGUCGUUUCUCGACCUGUGCCUCAGUCUGUAUUCGGUGAAGGAGAUGAGGAAGAACAAGCCGUGCGAAAGAAACAGAGAACUCUGGUGAAGUUGGAGUAUGACGGCGCGGAGGAUACAGGUCUGACGGAAGCUGAGCAAGCUGCGAAACGUACGGCAAGGCUACUUGAGAUCCGAGAGAGAUUACCUCAUGAGAGAAGAAGACUCUUCGGGUUCGAAGUGGAGUGGGCUGCUCUCACAGAGACAUUGUUACAAGGCAAAAUUCUGAAUUUGGUGAAAGAGAAGAUGAGACAUUUCCUCGGGGAGGUUGACGAUGAUUUGGUCGACUUUGUGUUGGAACAUCUCAGAGCGAGAAAGGGUCCAAAUAGUCUCAUCGAGGGAAUUGAGCCGGUGUUCGCUGAAGAAGCUCCUCCAUUCGUACAUGAUCUCUGGCGACAGAUCAUCUUUGAAAGCGCCGCCUACGUCGCUGGCGUGGAAUCAGGGACCAUGCAAGUUUGA